AUGAGCCAACCCUUGAGAGUCAUCGUAGUCGGUGCAGGUCUGUCGGGUUUGGCCAUUGCACAGGGCCUUGAAAAGAACGGGAUCGACUACGUCGUCGUCGACAAGGAGAGCGAACCACGCGAUCGAAACUGGGGCGUGACAAUCGCGUGGAGCCUUCCAUUGCUGGCCCAGCUUCUCCCAGAGGCACUCUAUGACCGAUUACCGGAAUGUCAGCCGGAUCCAGGUCUCGACACCAAAGCUGCCGGGUUUGAGAGCGUCAUCAUUCGAGAUGGACAGACAGGCGCAACUAUCGUGCAGCCGCCUUUCCCUGGGGUGAGAAGGUUGAACAUCCAGAAGACGAGGACUAUUUGGUCAACAGGGGUAAAUGUCAAGUUCGGCAAGACACUCACAGACAUCGAGCUGACCGACGACGGAGUCACUGCUCACUUCCACGACGGAACCUCAGAAUCAGGCUCUGUCUUGGUGGGCUGUGAUGGCGGUGGCUCAUGGGUCCGCCGCUGGAUGCUGGGCAAUGACAAAGGGACUUCAGUGGUCUUGCCGUACACGUUCCUCAACUUCCCCUUCCGCUACCCUGCAGAACGGGCCAUCAAGAUGGACAAAAUGAUGCACCCCAUCGUGGAUGUCGCCGUGCAUCCAAAGUCCAUGUACAUCGGCAUCUUUCUGCUCGACAAGCCUGACCUGGACAGGCCCGAGACCUGGGUCUUCUACAUUCUUGCGACGUGGGCCCAGGACAACAAGAGCGCCCCGGAUGCAUCAUCGGCCGACAUAAACAUGGUGGCGGAGCUCAAGCAAAGAAUGGACGACUGGGCCGAUCCCUUCAAGUCCGCCGUGGAAUGGAUUCCCGACCAUGUCCAGGCCAAAGCCGUCCCCUUGAGGAUCUGGGGACCCCCCGACUCGGGCUGGGAUAAUCGCCGAGGCAGAGUCACCCUUGCGGGCGACGCUGCUCAUAGCAUGACCUUUCACCGCGGCCAAGGCGCCAACAACGCCCUCUGCGACAGCCAAAAGUUCGUCUCAGCCAUGGUCAAGGUGAAGAACGGCGGCAACACUCUCGCCGAGGCCGUGGACGAGUACGACGCAGACGUCAUCAGCCGGGGCAGAGCAGAGGUGGAGGUGUCGAAAGUGCAGACGGACUAUUUCCACGACCACGCCAACUUCCACAACAGCCCCGUCAUGAGACUUGGGAUCAAACCGCAGUCGAAAUGA